CGAUUAUCCCUCUUAUACAACUUCAGAGUUCUUCAAUGAUCCGUCUUCCCUUUGUGAGCCUUGCGUGGGCCAAAUUCAAGCGCGUGAGACACGUACUAAUACUCCUCUUUCUCUUAUCUUUGCUCUUCCUCUUGGAUUUGAAGCACGAGGAACAAGAGGCCAACCUUUCCGGUGGUGAUCUCUUGGGCGUAGAAAGUGUCAGUGGUUUCAUUCAAGGCCUGUUGGACAAGUUACCUCUCGCAGCCAACCAGCACAGUAAAGAGGGACACCCGGAAGAUGCCGAAACCCCCUCUGAAAACAAACCGGUGAAACCAAAACUACCACCGUUGUCCAACCACGAUAAGAUCAAAGCCAGUGCUAAGGCAGAAGCAGUCAAGCCAUUAGUGAACCCUGGCGACCAUGGAAAAUACUACGCCUUCGAAGAUAUGAGUGCUGCUGCUAUUGACGAAGACGAAGGAUUACCGAAGAAGAAGAAAAAACCGGUGGCUAUCCACGAAUUCCGGUACCCAUUGUCACAGACGGUGACAUUCCCGCUGGAGACUGACGCGGCACCCGCCCCGGAGUACAAAAUCCAGUUUGACUUCCCGGAAACCUCAUCCAACAAAACGGCCCUAACCACAAUCCGCAAACAGUUUAUCAAGGACUGGCUCACCUACAAAAAGUAUGCUUUGGGGAAAGACGAUGUGAAGCCGAUUUCGCAAACGUUCCACAACACGUUCAACGGCUUGGGGUCUACUCUUAUCGAUUCUUUAGAUACCCUCUACCUCAUGGGCUUGCACGACGAGUUUCUGGAGAUGGUGGCCCUAGUGAGCAAGAUUGACUUUACGAAAAAAUUGGUUGCCGAUGACUCCAGUGGCGAGCUCCGUGUGUUUGAAAUCAACAUCCGAAUCUUGGGCUCAUUACUUUCAUCGUUCGAGCUAUCAAACGAGAAGAGAUUGUUGAAAAAAGCCUCUGAGAUUGGCGAGUUGCUCCUCAAGUCCUUUGACACACCUAAUCACUUUCCGAAUCUCUACUGGAACUUGAAGUUUCACCAGCAAGUGGAAGGCCGUAUGACCGAAAUUCCGUCCCACCACGCGGCUCUCUCCGAAUUGGGUACCUUAAGUUUGGAAUUUAUCAAACUCUCCCAGUUGACGGGUGACAACCGAUACAUGACAGUAAUUGACCUCAUCAUGAAAAGUUUUAUUGCGUUUGAUAAAAAGUACAAUGACGGAAAAAAGGGUCUUCCUGGCCUCUUCCCUACAGAGUUAAACCUUAACGGUUGUGAGGCCAUUAUCAGUGCGGAUGGCUACGAGAAGCUAAAGACUCUGCCAACCUACAAUGACUUUUCUUACCAAAAGUUGAGAAACGGUGGUUCGGGCUUUAACAACGUCCACUACUGUAUGACCAGCAAAAACGCAGGUGGUUAUGGUAGCAUCGCACCAUCCCUCCCCAAUGCGCUCUCGUAUUCCACUGGUGGCCUUGCGGACUCCUUCUACGAAUACCUUUUAAAGACAUACGACCUUUUCCGCGGGAAGUAUCCUUUCGCGUUGGAAAGCGAUACUUUGCCCGCUCCUUCAUUAAACGCUCUCGUGCAGCUGUCCUUUAGCUCGAUGAAGGACUUUAUGAUAUUCCGGCCGGCAUUGCCUCGCAAGAACGCUAGGUACACGGACGUUUUGUUGAUGAACGAAGUGACCAUGUACAACACCGGCCGCGCUUUAAGGAAGGUCAAGAAAUACAAGAUGAAUCACCUUAACUGCUUCAUGGGCGGAGCCUUUGCGAUAUAUGGGAAAAUCUUCCAUGGUCCAUCCUUCGUGGACACCGGUGCCGGGGUGACAAAGGGCUGUCUAGAAGUGACAAACCAGAUAGGGAUAAUGCCAGAAUCGUUUGUCGUUGAUGCGUGUCCCGCUGAGGGGAACUGCGGAUUUGAUUAUGAGAAGCGAAUCGACUGGAUUAAGGGCCACACCGAGAGUGGAUACCGCUCGACCAAACAGCUGGAAUCGGCCAUAGACGAUGAGUUUGAAACGGCCCCCCAUAAAAUCCCUUUUUCCCCUUUAAAAGACAGGCCUGUUAAGAACUCAAAGGCGCCAGAGUACCAAUGGACCGUUGGCGAGGUUGCGGACCAGCCGCUAUGGAUUUCGGAGAUGGACGCCCUGUACGCGUUGAGACCAGAGAUUAUUGAGUCCGUCUUCAUUAUGUACCGCACAACUGGUGACCCCUACUGGCGGGAACAGGGCUGGUGGUUGUACCAGAAGAUCAUCCAGAGCUGUCUGUUGCAGCUUUCCGACGAGUCAGGGUUGGUAAUUUCUGGUAUCAAAGACGUUACCCGGAUUGGCUUGAACCAAAACACGAAAGCAAAUAGAAUCGAUUUGAUUGAGAGUUUUUGGUUCAGCGAAACGCUAAAGUACUUUUACUUGUUGUUUGCCGACGAGAACAAGAUCUCUUUGGAUGACUAUGUGUUCAACACUGAGGCUCAUCCAUUCAAGAAGAUUCUGAUUUGACACUAGAUGAAUAAAUGUAUGAUCCAGCA